AGGGUCCCAGCACAAGCGUACCCCCCAACCGCACAUAAAACACAACAAAACAAGAAGAGCUGUAAUAGUGGUAACAGUUGAGAGGGUACAGUGGAAGCACACAGCUGGGAUCCCAUGUCUGUUUGUGAGAAGAAUCCCCAGCACCUGAACCCCUCUACCCCACACCUUUGCUGUGGUUUUAGGCCCUCUGGUAAUUUCUGAGCAGAUGGACCACCUUCUCCACUGCACCAAGACUUGUAGACCCGUUCACCUUGUCCUGAUCACGUUGCUGUUGCUUCUUCUCUUGAGCUCUAAACAAGAAAAAUACUUGGCAGAAGGUAGAUCAUUGUUUAAGCUUUUAGAGGUUGCCAAAGAGGGAGGAGAAGAGGGGGUGAUGAUGAGAGCUUUGAUUGGAUCGAGGCCGCCGAGAUGUGAGAGGAAGUGCACUUCAUGCGGCCACUGUGAGGCAGUUCAGGUGCCUAUAGGCCCACAAGUCAGGAAUGGAGGUGGGCAUUUCUUCAAUACGAUCACUUCCAAAGGUGAUGACAGCUCCAACUACAAGCCCAUUAAUUGGAAAUGCAAGUGUGGAAGCAUGCUAUUGAAUCCAUAAUUCACAAGCAGACGAAACAAGAGAGCAGCAAUACUCUUUUCAAAUCGUGCGUUGAUACCUGAGAGGAAGUGAGAUUCUUUGAUCACUUCCUAGUGUUCUUAUGCUCUCUCUCUCUCUGCGUUUUCUCUUUUAAAUGUAGAAAUCAUUCGUCUCCCUCUCUCUCCCUUCCUCCCUCCUCUGUUAUAAUCAUCAUCCGCUCUUGUUUUGUCAUCAGAUGUGGGAAGUAUAACUCA